CACAUUAACCCAUUUUUAUGUUAUUUUUUUAAAAUUAUUUUCCUCAAAAAAUUUCCCUUGUUGUUGGUGUUGGACCCUCUCCUUUCUCCCAGGCUUUUCAUACAGCUUUGUUGGGAGAAAUGCAGGGACGAAUGAAUGGUGGAAGAUGAUGGCUUUCAGCGACAGCCAUUGAAGUUCUUAAAUCACAUGUUUUUGGAACCUUCCAUUCCAUUCCUUAUGGUUUGAGCCUCAUCAGGAUCUGUUUUAUCUGUGUCAUUUGAGUUUCAGAAUCAUGCAUAUAGGUCAGGCAGAUACAACUUCUGUGAAAUGUCUGAUCAACAGCAUUUCUCGAUUCAUUCAUCUGGUUUCUUGCCAAACAAUGAAACCUAUACCCUUUCAGACGAUCUGUAAUAAUAUGGUUGGGGUGUUAAAGCGUUUGAAACCAGUACUUGAUGACGUCAUGGAUUACAAAAUCCCUUCAGAUGCAAAUCUAUGUAAAGAGUGUGAGAAUUUGGAUAUGCGGGUUAAUGAAGCUAGAGAUUUCAUUGAAAAAUGGAGUCCAAAGAUGAGCAAGAUCCACAGUGUUCUACAAGGUGGUACAUUGUUGAUCAAGUUACAGAGUUCUUCACUAGAUAUCUGUCACAUGAUAGUUAGAUCCUUGCAGUCACCUCCAUCUGCAUCAGUUUUGGCUAAUCUCCAGCACUAUAUCCAGGAACUUCAGUGUCUCAAGAAGGAAAUGGCAAUGGUCUACAUAGAAGAGGCACUAAGAAGCCAAAGAGAUAAUAUUGAACCUUGCAAGGAGCAUCUCAAGGAAAUUAUUGAGUUACUUAAAUUGACAUCAAAUCAGGAGCUCUUAAAAGAAAGUAUUGCUGUGGAAAAGGAAAGGUUGAAUGCCGAAACCAAUAAAAUGAAAGGGGACUUGGUAGAGAUGAAUGAAAUCGUGAUUCUUGUCCGUACUUUGCGUGAUUAUGUGAUGAAAACUGAGUGCCCUGUAGUCAAGAGUGGACUCUCAAUCCCUCCUUACUUCUGCUGUCCUUUAUCGUUGGAACUCAUGUUGGAUCCUGUUAUUGUGGCUUCAGGUCAAACAUAUGAGAGGCAAUCCAUGCAAAAGUGGCUUGAUCAUGGGUUGACUGUUUGUCCCAAAACUCGUCAGAGACUUACUCAUACAAAACUCAUUCCCAAUUAUACUGUCAAAGCUAUGAUAGCAACUUGGUGUGAGGAAAAUAAUGUCAAACUUUACGGUAACUCCGAGCACAAUAAAUCUUCUGGUACAACAUCCCCCUCAGAUCAUUUAUUGUCUCAAGAUUUAACUCCUAAUUGUUGUGUUGGGUCUUUACCUAGUUGCAAUUCCAUUUCAAGAUCAUCUCCUAAAACUGAAAGUACAUUCGAAAAGCAAAAGGGUGAUAACUCUUUCAGAUUAUGUGGAGAAUACAAUGGAUGCCAGAGUGGAGGAACUGAAAAGUGUGAGCAACAAUCCCCAUAUGUACACAGCAGAAGUGAAUCAUUUUCAAGUUCAAUUUCUAGUACCGAUUGCACACUUGCAGUUUCAAAAGAUGUGUCAGGGAUAUCCAAUAAGCAUCAAAAUGUGAAGGUGCUGUCUGGAGAAAUCACAAAGGCAUGUCCUCCUUCUCCCAGUAACAAACAAUCAGGGAUAUCUUCUUGGUUAUCUGGAAAGCAAUUUCAAAACCCUGGAUCAUAUGAGGGAGUGCUGGAGAAUGGAAAUAAUAAUGAUAGUAAUAAUAAUAGUCAUUCAAGCAUUGAUUCCCAUUCUGUUUUCAACUCAGGAUCAGAUGAAUUGACCACCUCAUCUCAUAUCAAUAAAUUGAUUGAAGACCUUCACCACCAUUCAAUUGAAACAAAAACUACUGCUGCAGAAGAAUUGAGGCUCCUUACAAAGCAUAACAAGGAAAAUCGUAUCAUUGUAGGGAAGUGUGGGGCUGUGAUGCCUUUGCUUUCGCUGCUAUAUUCAGAUGGGAAGGUAACACAAGAGCAUGCUGUGACAGCUCUGCUGAAUUUAUCAAUUAAUGAAGACAACAAGGCCUUGAUCAUGGAAGCAGGAGCCAUAGAACCACUUAUCCAUGUUUUGAAAACAGGAAAUGACAGCGCCAAGGAGAAUUCUGCAGCAGCUCUAUUCAGCCUCUCAGUAAUAGAGAACAAUAAGGCAAGAAUUGGCCGUUCUGGAGCAGUUAAAGCUUUGGUGGAUCUUCUUGCCUCAGGUACUCUCAGGGGAAAGAAAGAUGCUGCUACUGCUUUAUUUAACCUGUCAAUAUUUCAUGAGAAUAAAGCUCGGAUAGUUCAAGCUGGAGCAGUGAAGUUUCUGGUUCGGUUAAUGGACCAUGCUGAGGGAAUGGUUGACAAGGCUGUCGCUCUUCUGUCAAACCUGUCAACAAUUCCAGAGGGCCGAUUUGAAAUUGCAAGGGAAGGGGGCAUCCCCUUACUAGUUGAAAUUCUUGAGUCAGGUUCUCAGAGAGGGAAGGAAAAUGCUGCCUCCAUUCUCUUGCAAUUAUGCCUUCAUAGUACCAAGUUCUGUACUCUAGUUUUGCAAGAAGGAGCUGUACCUCCUCUAGUUGGAUUAUCUCAAUCUGGUACACCAAGAGCAAGGGAAAAGGCACAACAGCUCCUCAGCCAUUUUCGUAAUCUGCGGGAACUUGCUGCUAGUGGGAAGGGAAAAUCAUGAAAAUUGGUUAUUUUGGUUGUUUCAUUGCCCCUUUUUCCCUGCCUAAGUAACUUGUGGUAGCUUCUGUCUAGGCCUAUAGAACUUUUGUUUCAUUGCAUUCUUUUGAUUUUUACAUGUAUCAUUUGAGAAGCUGUUUUUCUUAUUUUAUUUCAGUGGCUUGCCAUUGCUUAUUCUCAAGUUCAAAAUGCGACACCAUUUCCUCUCUGCCUCAUUUCUUCCCUUAUUUUGCGGGGUAUCUAGUACUUUCCAACUUUUGUAUGGACUUCUAAUUUUCUUUGUGGCUACUCUUGGGAGGAGAGAGUAAAGUUUUUGAAGCUUUAGCUUGGCAAAAUGUAUACCACAAUGCUAUUCUACUAGACCAUAACUGUUGUGAUCCCAAGUCGGUGUUGUAUAUAUUUGUACAUAUACUAUAAAAUUUUGUGAUCUACUAUAAAUCAUUGUACCUUGUACUGUU